AUGAAGUUUUCCCUUUCUCUUGUUGUCCUGUCCACCGGGCUGGCCGUAGCCGCUCCCGUGGGUACCGGUCAUCAGAAUCCUAGGUCUACAAGUCUUGAUGGCAGCGGAUUAUCUGAUUUCAACAAAGUUGGCUCCAAGGCUUCGGGAUCUGGCGUCCAUUCCUAUUCUUCUUCGAAAGCUCAAAAGCGUGCCCCACAAGGCUCUCUAGGCGGCUCGUCCAGUUCUGGACUCGGUUCUUCCAGCUCGUCUGGCUCGUCUGGCUCAUCUGGCUCAACUGGCUCAUCCACCACUGGAUUCGAAUCCGACACGUCUGGCUCAUCCACUGGAAGCGGCACGACUGGCACACUGGGGACUGGAAGCGGCACGUCUGGCCCACUGGGGACUGAAAGCGGCACGUCUGGCACACAGGGGACUGAAAGCGGCACGUCUGGCACACAGGGGACUGGAAGCGGCACGUCUGGCACACAGGGGACUGAAAGCGGCACGUCUGGCACACUGGGGACUGGAAGCGGCACGUCUGGCACACUGGGGACUGGAAGCGGCUCUGGCGGAAUCAACGAGCUCGUUUCUGGUAUCAUCAACACAAUUAUGUCUCAAAUUAGCUCAUCCGGUCUCGGCUCGGGAACCGGCUCUACCGGAGGAACUGGCCUCUCUGGCCUUGGAUCCGGCUCUGGCCUUGGAUCCGGCUCUGGCCUUGGAUCCGGCCCUGGCCUUGGAUCCAGCUCUGGCCUUGGAUCCAGCUCUGGCCUUGGAUCCAGCUCUAGCCUAGGAUCCAGCGAAGGAUCCAGCUCUGGCCUAGGAUCCAGCUCCUCUGAGACGGGAAAUAGCUUGUCCGGCGCCGGUGCUGAGAUGAGCUAG